GGCGAUCUCUUUCCGGUUAUCACUUCGUCACUACACAUUUACUUCUUCCGUUUUCGUAUCCGAUCAGAGACUAUUCAUCUUUCCUCGAAUCGGGUUUCUUUGAACCCUUGAAGCUAUGGGUGAUGCGAUCGAUUUGAGUGGAGAUGGUGGAGUCUUGAAAGAGAUUGUAAGGAGAGCCAAACCUGAUGCUGUUUCGCCCUCUGAUGAUCUUCCUGUUGUCGAUGUUCACUAUGAGGGUAUAUUGGCUGAAGACGAGAAGGUCUUUGACACUACACGCGAAGACAAUCUGGUUUUCUCUUUUGAGUUAGGAACAGGCAGUGUUAUCCGAUCAUGGGACAUUGCACUUAAAACCAUGAAGGUUGGUGAAGUUGCAAAAAUCACAUGUAAGCCAGAAUAUGCUUACGGAAGAGCAGGGUCUCCUCCCGACAUCCCACCCGAUGCAACUUUGAUCUUUGAAGUGGAAUUAGUUGCUUGUAGACCGAGGAAAGGUGCUAGUGUUGGAAGUGUUUCUGAGGAGAGAGCCAGACUAGAAGAUCUGAAGAAGCAGAGAGAGAUUGCUGCAGCUGCCAAAGAGGAUGAUAAGAAAAAGAGAGAAGAAGCAAAAGCUGCUGCAGCUGCUAGGAUUCAAGCUAAGCUAGACGCUAAGAAGGGUCAAGGCAAAGGAAAAGGCAAAGGCAAAGCUAAAUAAGUCAAUACCAAAAAUACCAGUGGAUGUAACCCUUUGAUACUACUAUUUCAUGACGAGUCUAAAUCAAACUUUUGGAAAGGC